UUUCUUACUGACAAUAGAGUGCGUCUGUGCUUAGCGCCUUGUCACACAAGCAGAACAGCGCUGCCCAACCCUUUUCCUCCUGUAAGCGUGAAUACCGUUGAGUGAAGAACAGGAGAUGGAAAAAAAUCUCCACCCUUCUGUUAUAUAUACAGUAUCGAUUUGGGAUUUCUAACCGGACGGAUGGUUUUUUUUUCUUUCUUGUCGAAAAAAAAAAGGGAUGUCGAUGGUUUUUAAGAUUGCGAUUUCCAAAUUUAGAUGCGGGUUUCGGGUUUAUAGGAAGACGUAUUUGCACGGAUCGUUUUGAAGCGGAUUCGCGAUAAUUAGUGCUCACACCUUUGUUAAAAUAACAUGCAAUCAUUUUACCCGAUAUUAGCGGCAAAUAUGUAUUCAUAACCACAGAAAAGUGCCUAAUAAUAAUGCAUAGCUCUUUUAAAUAGACCUGGAAAUAAGAAUUAAUAUACCCUGCAUUUUUCGCAACAGAAACUGGGCGAACUGCCUGGUCUUUCGCAAUUCAGUCGCUAUUUUUUUUUCUUCUGAAUUGCUGAAAAACAGCCAGCAGUCUUUGGGCGAGCUGCCCCUCCCCCGCAACACAGACACCAUUGCACACAACAGCAGGGAGAAUAGUGGAGAGACAGAGUGAGGGAACGAUAGGCAGCACCAGUGGCUGUGAAACACACCCGUCAGCCGAGCUGAGGAGAAGCAGGACGGAGAAAAAAAAUGGAUUUAUCAAUACAAUACCAGCAUAGAAAGAAACCGGAAAGGAUGUUUUGGUCGUCUUACACAUAGCGGGGUAACGUACAGCAUUCUUUUUUAAUGUGGUGGUGCGAGAAAACGUACUGCAAGCUAAAAAGGCGGAAAGCUGUUUUUAAUCCUUCUGCGGAUUCAAUGAGCUUGCAAUGGCUCUUGCGGGGAGAUGUAGCAGCAAAAAGAAGAACGUGCCCGUUUCUUUCUUGAUAUUGUUAUUAUUUUGUGGCCUUGCAUCAGGGCAGAUUCGCUAUUCUAUUCCAGAGGAAUUAAAAGACGGAUCUGAAGUUGGGGAUAUUGUGGUGGAUUUGGGUCUCGAUCUUCGAAAGAUCUCCGCCCGCAGGAUUAAGAUAACCUCUAGCAAUGCUAAGCGAUAUUUGGAUAUUAAUCUUAGCAACGGAAAAUUGUUCGUGAAUGACAGGAUAGACAGAGAGUCGCUUUGUGAGCUAAGCAGCUCCUGCUUUUUGAGCCUCGAGGUGGUCGUGGAAAAUCCACUGGAGGUGUACAAUGUGGAAGUGGAAAUAUUAGAUGUGAAUGACAAUGCGCCGCAGUUCCCCAGAAAUGAAUACGAGUUGGAGAUCUCGGAAUCUGCUUCACCUGGGGUGCGAUUCCCUGUGGAGAGCGCGCAGGAUCCGGACGUGGGUUCGAAUUCAAUUCGCAUGUACCGACUCAGCCAGAACGAGCAUUUUGCUCUGGACUCCAACACUCCCGCACCGAACAGCAAGCUGAUAGAACUGGUGCUAAAAAAAGCCCUGGACCGCGAGCGAAACCCUUCUCAUCAGUUGAUUUUGACAGCUGUUGACGGCGGUACCCCGGCAAGAACUGGCACUGCUAAAAUAAACGUGAGAGUCUUGGAUUCUAAUGACAAUGUUCCGGUAUUCGACAGCUCUAUCUACAGAGUUAAUUUGCUAGAAAAUUCACCCAGGGAUACGUUGGUGAUCAAGCUAAAUGCAACAGACUUAGACGAAGGUUCGAAUGGGGAGGUCUUUUAUUCAUUCAGCAGUUAUACACCUGAAAGGGUCAGGCAAAUCUUCAGUAUGGACCCAAACACUGGGGAGAUCCGAGUUCGGAGCCAUGUGGAUUAUGAGGAAACCAGCUCGUAUGAGAUUUAUGUACAAGCUAUGGAUAAGGGGGCGUCUGCAGUGGCUGUGCAUUGCAAAGUCGUCGUAGAAAUCGUUGAUGUCAAUGACAACACGCCUGAAAUAGUCCUGUCUUCCUUAUCCAGCCCUGUUCGUGAGGACGCGCGGCCUGACACCGUGGUGGCACUAAUCAGUGUGACAGACAAAGACUCUGGCCUCAACAAGCAGGUCAGCCUUGAAAUUCCUUCAGACCUCCCUUUCAACAUCAAAUCCUUCCGAAAUUACUACACCUUGGUCACGGCUGGCUUUCUAGACCGGGAAAGCGUGCCAGCGUACAACAUCACCCUCACCGCAACAGACUCAGGGUCCCCACCUCUGUCAUCCAAGAAGACCAUCCGAGUGGAGGUCGCGGACGUCAACGAUAACCCUCCCCGUUUUGAACAGACAUCCUACACCAUCUAUGUCAACGAGAACAAUGCCCCCGGGGCGUCUUUGUGCUCAGUGAAGGCCCAGGAUGCAGACAGCAAUGAAAACGCCCAAGUGUCCUACUCCAUCGUCAGCAACGAGAAGCACGAAAUCCCCAUCACCUCCAACGUGUCCAUCAACUCGGAGACGGGGGUGGUUUACGCCCGCCACUCUUUCGAUUACGAGACCCUGCGGGAGUUCCACUUCCAGGUGUCGGCGCAAGACGCGGGGGUCCCCCCCAUGAGCAGGGUGGCCACCGUGUACGUGUACGUGGUCGAUCAGAACGACCACGCUCCCGAAAUCUGGCACCCCUCCCCGGUCAACGUGUCCAGAUCGACAGAGAUGAUACCCAAGGACACAGAGGCGGGCCACCUCGUCACCAAAGUGGUGGCGUACGACGCGGACGCAGGCCAGAACGCCUGGCUGUUCUACUUCCUGGAGCAGGCCACCGACCCCACCCUCUUCAGGGUGCACCAGCACACGGGGGAGAUCCGCACCACCCGCAAAAUAGUAGAGGACAACUCCACCACCUUCAGCUUGACCGUCCUCGUCAAAGACAAUGGGGAGCCGCCUCUCUCUGCCACUGCCACCGUCAAUGUGGCGGUGAUGGAGUUAGCUCCUAAGGUCAUCCCCGAUCCCAAGAAGAGUGUCAAAGACAACGGCAAGCUCUUUACACAUGUGACUCUGUAUUUAAUUGUUGCCCUGAGUGCCACCUCCUUUGUUUUUGUCUUGACUGUGAUAGUCCUGGCUAUAGUCCGAUGCAGCACCCAGCAGGGGCCAUGUUGUGGGAGCCAGUGCUGUGUGGCACAGAAACAGGCCCCAGACAACAGUCAGCAGCCCAACAAUAACGUGGUGCUCCGCCGUGACUUGAAGGUGGAGCCUCAUUAUAUAGAAGUGAGGGGCAAUGGGUCCCUUACUAAGACUUACUGCUAUAAGACAUGCCUGACAGCCACCUCUGGAAGUGACACUUUCAUGUUUUACAAUACUGGCUGCCCCCCUGGUACCAGUACUGUAGGUUCAGACAGAUUCUUCACUGGCCAAAGUGGACAGAGCCAGAUCUUUGUUCGUAGACUCAGCAUGCCAAAUGAGGUGAGACUGGAUGGAUCAGUUAAGUCCAAGCCUCCCAAUGCAGACUGGCGCUACUCUGCAUCUUUGAGAGCAGGAAUGCAAAGCUCUGUGCACAUGGAAGAGUCAGCUAUUUUGCAAGGAGCUCCUGGGGUCCUCGUGCAGAACUGGCCCACAGUGUCCAGUGCAACAGGAGGAGAACCUGAAGGCGGGGAGGUGUCGCCCCCUGUUGGAGCAGGAAUAAACAGUAACAGUUGGAGCUUCAGAUAUGGCCCUGGUCCUGGUCACCCCCAGGCCCUGAAGCCUGGCGAAGUCCCUGAGGCCUUUAUCAUCCCAGGCUCCCCUGCCAUCAUCUCCAUCCGCCAGGACCAGCCCACAGGCGAUGACAAGAGCGACUUCAUCACCUUCGGGAAGAAGGAGGAGACCAAGAAGAAGAAAAAGAAGAAGAAGGGCAAGGCAGACAAGAAGGAGAAGGGAAACAAUGACAACAGCGAGCAAUAGGGAGAGGAUGUCCUUAACACAGAGCUACCAACUAAAGUCAAAAGGCAGAACCAAAAGGAGAGCUCCCUGCUUUAGUUUCAAAUCCAAUCCAAUGUCAUCUUAUACCAGCGGUUAUAAAACUAACCAUGCGUUCACUUGUCAAUUUUGGGAGUACGCAAGCAGAUUUCUCUUUUUUUUUUCCUCCUGAGCUCUCCCAGAAAUCACAUAUACCACGUAGCUGCUGACUCACUGGCAACCUAGUCUUUAAUUACAAGUUUAGCCUUUAAAAUGUCCUUUAAAAAAAAAACAGGAAAUUAUAUGAAUCAAGCUGUAAUGCUGCCAGCAGGGACUCCACUGACCUGUAAAUGAGUGGAUUAUACUGUUUGGCUUGCUGAUCUGUGUUGUGGGUGGCUGAAUGAAGUGCUGGUUCCAAAACAAAAUGUUAAAACAUGACCGGGAACCAUGCGGCAAUGCAUUUGCUCACUGCAGCAGUCUUCAUGCCCAGUGACAUUCAGAACAGACACAGCUGUGGCGUCUCUACCCCGAUAGAGAAGCACUGGCUCCUAAAAAUCACCUGACUGGAAAGGCCCACUCGCCUCCUCCUGCCUACCAAGAUUUUGCCUACCUUUAAAGGCAACGCAAGAACCAUUGUCUCCACCUUCUAAAACCCCUGCCUCCCCACCCCCACCCCUGCCCCUGUAGGGGGAGGCUCUCCUUGUGCAGACGGACGUUGGCAUCUCUGUCUUAUCGGUUCCCAUGCAGUGUUUCUUUAAAGGAUUUGAGCAGAUAGGCAAAGAGUUCCUCACACGCUUAAGAAGUGCUAAUGCUUUUGAGCAGGACACAUGCAGCGCUUGUAAAUAUUGCAAGAUGAGAUUAUGCAGAUCUUUCAGCAUGGAGGCAGGGCUGUACCAGUAAGAUCCUAGAAUGGCCAACUCAGAUUUAUGAAUCAGUGUUUUGAAGGGGCAGACAAGCUGAGUCUGUGUGACAUGGAUCCCUUGCCCUUUAACAGUGCUUAUAACCGGGGCUAAAUUAUAGCUGUUAGCCUGUUUUCCUUUUUCCUUUUUUUUUUUGGUGGCCAAGCAAACAGGAAAUGGGGACAGCCAAGGCUGAAGGAAAACACAGCUUUUACCAAUUCUUUUUUCCAGCACAAGUUUCCAGAACGUAUAUGUGUAUUAUAACCCUUGCAACCUGGAUGAGUGAAAAAUAAGACUUUUUUUAGAAGGAUUUUUUUUUUUCUGCCCAAACCCGUUUGGGAGCCAGGAGAAAGAAAGGCUGGAUGUAUGAAACUUGUCUUCUUGAGGACAAAAAAAAACAAAAACAAAGCUGGAGGACAAACCCCUCCCCAGAAGACAGGGUUAUGAGCCAGUGGUUCGACUUAUGAUUUUUAUUUGGGUCUUGUAAUAUACAGGGAAUGUUGCUAGUUCUUUUCAAGCCAAGCCUGAUUCCCAUGCUUCGCUCUGAAUGUUUUGUAGUAAUCCUGGGCUUUAGCAGCUUCAAAUCCACUCUCCUCAGUCACCAGCUCUUUGCCUUUGGUGCUUGUAUAACUAGCAAGCUUAAGGUUGUUUUAUUUUUUUUUUUAUUUUUGGGUGUGCUGAUCUUUUUAUUUGGAGAUCCCAUCUUUAAUUACUUUGCUUGUUUGACAGCUUCUUCAUAUACUAAAAUAAAGAAAAGAUAAUAAGGAAUAGCCACAAAAUUUAAAUGUUAUCACAAGGCUUCUAUCCAAGCUGUAACCUGACUCAAGUACUGUUUAAGCCCAAUUCUUGAACAUGGCUAGAGGUUGUAAGUUUAAGAAACUAUUUGCCAAAUUUCAGUGUUCCUAUCACUAAAGACUUCAAAUUUGAGUUUGUUUUAGAUUUUUACCUAAUAUUAAAAUGGUAUACAGCAAGAGAUUUAAGCAAGGACAGUGGCUCUCAAACUAAAUGUGGUCGCUAUCCCAAAGUGCAGACAUCAGCAUUUUUACUGGUGGCUGAAACAGUGUCUUCUAGAAAACUCCAGCAAGGUGGUUUCACUGCAGUGUUGAUCUGGCCACAUUUCAGAAGCACUGCCCUAGGACAGGGGCAAGACAGGGACAAGAACAUUUUGUUCUGUUUGAAAUAUAGAAUAUAGAAUUUCCAUUUAGAAUAUCCCUGUUCUUUGAUGCUACCAGAUCAACAAUAUUCUUGGAGAUUUGUUAACCUGUAAUUGUGUGUUGCAGCAAGACAAAGAAAGAAAAAACGUUUUUAGUAAAUUGUGCAGUUAUAUCAUAGCUUUUUAUUAAGAGAUGGGAAUAUGGAAGAUAUAUUUAUUAAAUGGCUAAAAAAACAAGGUUUGGGAUGUUUAGAAUUUUCUCUGUUUUUUUAAUUGCAUUUAAUCCCCUUAAUACAAUCCAGCCCUUAUCGGUUGGGGAUUAAUAUUAUUGCAGCUAUCAGAUUGCUUUUCUCAAACUGUUAUCUGCAGUCAACAUAAAGUAUCACAGUUCAGUACUGUCAGAUCACUAAGUGGCUGUUGCAUGUAUUAAUCAGAAAAACAAAAUACAAUAUAUAUAGAUAUCUUUUUCUCCAUUACUCACACAAGAGGUACAAGUAUUGUCUCUGCUGACCUUUUAAACAAGCAUAUACACCAGAAUUUGAAUCACAAACUUUGUGUUUCUCAGACUGACGUUACUAACCUUCUAGAUAUAUGUAAUGCUAUAGUGUAAUGCUCUCAAUUGCAAUCUUUUUUUUUAAUUUUUUUUGUGUUAGGCUUUGAAAUGCUAACUAACACUGUAAUGUGAAACUGAAUUAUGUAUGCGCCUAAGAAAAGAAUACCCUUCCCCCUUAAAAAUAUAUGUACUCUAUGCUUGUGUUUUGUGAAUUUCCAUGCAAUCAUCCUUUAUUGGUGUAUAUAACCAUAGAUGGCACUAAGCUGUUGACUGUGACAGUGCAUAUCUAUUAUAUAAUCUUAUUUUGUACACCUGCUCAUCAGUGUAACAGUGAUUUAGUGAUUUUUUUAUUGAUACCGGUAACGUGUUUUGUUUAUAAAUCACAAAUAAAAUUUUCUUUCUUAAAUAUAUGAAGCGACAGUUGCACAUGA